AUGGAGGGAUAUUCAGGACAGAGCAGAAUAGAGGGAUAUUCAGGACAGAACAGAAUGGAGGGAUAUUCAGGACAGAACAGAAUGGAGGAAUAUUCAGGACAGAGCAGAAUAGAGGGAUAUUCAGGACAGAACAGAAUGGAGGGAUAUUCAGGACAGAACAGAAUGGAGGGAUAUUCAGGACAGAAGAGAAUGGAGGGAUAUUCGGGACAGAACAGAAUAGAGGGAUAUUUAGGACAGAAGAGAAUGGAGGGAUAUUCAGGACAGAACAGAAUGGAGGGAUAUUUAGGACAGAACAGAAUGGAGGAAUAUUCAGGACAGAGCAGAAUAGAGGGAUAUUCAGGACAGAACAGAAUGGAGGGAUAUUCAGGACAGAGCAGAAUAAAGGGAUAUUCAGGACAGAACAGUAUGGAGGAAUAUUCAGGACAGAAGAGAAUGGAGGGAUAUCAGGACAGAACAGAAUGGAGGGAUAUUUAG